AUGCAAAGGAAUAAUAAUAACGGUGUGGCAGCAGCAGGAGUACAUCCAGCAUGCGCUGCAUGCAAGCAUCAAAGGAAGAAAUGCGAUGAAAAUUGCAUUCUGGCACCUUAUUUCCCAGCGGAUAGGAGUCGAGAAUUUCAGGCGGUGCACAAAGUUUUCGGUGUUAGCAAUGCAACAAAAAUAGUGCGCAAUGCAAAUACUGAAGAAGAUCGAAAAAGGGUUGCUGAUUCAUUGAUUUGGGAGGCCUUUUGUAGGCAAAAGGAUCCGGUGUUAGGGCCCUACGGAGAGUAUAGGAAAAUUUAUGAAGAGCUCACGUUGUAUAAAAGCCAAAACCAAAUGAUGCUCCUGCAAGUACAAGGGCGAGAUGAAGAGGCUGCUGCUGCUGCUGCUGCGUUCAAAAUGCCUCCUGCUGUUACAGAAUGGAACAACAAUGGUAAUAAGAGAAUUGAUGUUAAAGGAGCUUUUAACAAUCCUGCAUUGCGCUACGAUCAUGGAGAUUCUCUUGUUCAUUUCACCACAUACGGCUACCCUUCACACUCAGACAAACCUUCAGUGCAAGAAAAAGGCAUCCACAAUGCUACUACCCUUGUUCCACUGCAAUACUACCCUUCAGGUAACUUUUCUCAUUUCCAGAGGAAAACUACGAGUACCCCACCUCAUCAUGUCGUUUAA